GGGGGCGUGUCUUGUCUGACAGGAGGGGAGCUGUGAUUUACACACCCAAGAGGUAAGAGAAGACAAAUCAACAGAGGAGGAAGACAAAAAAGGUCACAGACUUGUUUCGAACUUUCACGUUACUGAGCACAGGUGUUUCCAAAGGUCUCUGACAUUGUUGAUGACCUCAGAGCUGAUUGAUUUGACCAGACUAGAGCUGAUAGGAUUAUUGAUCACAUUGAUCAGGUACCUCUAACCCACCAAACAUUAUCGGAGGUCGGAGGUCACACCUUGCUGGAAGUUUCUGGAUUAUAUAUUUGUUUUUGGAGACUGCUGAUUGGUUAAAGGACAUGUUUGGAGCCUGCUGAUUGGCCGGUUGAGUGUCUUAAAACAGCCACCCCAGAACUGAUGCACGAAGACGAGGCGAGACCGACUGGAGGCCACUCCCACUUUGAGGUCUCCGUGACAAUGGAGUCCCAGCCGCCGCCACCACCUCCUCACAUCGUCUCCAACGGCAACCCUCGCGGCAACCCUUCGUCAUCAACGAUAACGGACCACAUCCCUAACACUAAGUCCAAGCAUAACCAGGACGACCGACGGACCAAAUCCAGCAGACUGAUCCGGUCGCUUAGCAACGGUCUCCGGAAACACAGUGACUACGUCAAGAUUUCGGUACCGGAAGGCCGAGGGAACCGGUUGCCGCGGGAAUGGUGGAAAACAGGGGUGGCGUUUGUGUACGCGUUAUUCAACCUCAUCCUGACCACCGUCAUCAUCACCGUCGUACACGAACGGGUACCGGAUAAAUCGGUCAGUCCCCCGUUACCGGAUAAGUUCUUUGACUAUGUGGACCGUGUACCGUGGGCGUUUACGGUCACCGAAGUCAACGGGAUGGUGUUGGUGGGACUCUGGUUCAUACAGUGGCUGUUCCUCAAACACAAGUCCAUCAUCGGUCGGAGGUGUUUCUUCAUGAUUGGGACGUUGUACUUGUACCGUUGUGUCACCAUGUACGUCACCACGCUACCUGUCCCUGGCAAACACUUCACCUGCGCUCCCAAGCUUUAUGGUGACUCUGAAGGGAUGGUGUGGCGUAUCCUGGGUCUGAUUAGUGGAGGAGGCCUGUCAAUCACCGGGGGUCACCUCAUGUGUGGAGACUUCCUCUACAGUGGACACACUGUAACACUCACACUGGCAUACCUGUUUAUCCAAGAGUACUCCCCCAAGAAGAUGUGGUGGUACGUGUGGUUGUGCUGGUUGCUCAGUGUUGUGGGCGUGGUCUGUAUCCUGAUUGGUCAUGAGCAUUACAGCAUUGAUGUUGUCUUCGCCUACUUUGUUACGUCACGCCUCUUCUGGUGGUAUCACACCAUGGCCAACACACAGGCUCUGCGCGGGGCUUCUAACAACUACCUGUCAAGGACCUGGUGGAACCCUGUGUUUAACUUCCUGGAGCGUAACGUCAUGGCAACCGUUCCCUGUGUGUUCUCCUGGCCCGUCUCUCUGCCCUCUGCAUGGUGUAACAUUAACCCCUGUGAGAGAUACUCCAUGGUAGAGGGGGAUGGGAACAGAGACCAGUAGAGGGCCUGUCUCUGCCCUCCUCGUGGUAACAACAACCCCAUGGUAGAGAGGGAUGGGACUGGAGACCAGUAGAGGGCCUGUCUCUGCCCUCCUCGUGGUAACAACAACCCCAUGGUAGAGAGGGAUGGGACUGGAGACCAGUGAUCCAUUUUUCUGUCCAUCCCUCCCUCCUCCUCUGUUCACAGAUCCCAGGCUGUAGCUUGGGACUGAAA